AUGGUAGUGGCUGGUGGCUGGUGGCGGUGGCUGGUGGCCGAUGGCGGACUGGCGGUGGCUGAUGGCAGUGGCUGGUGGCUGGUGGCGGUGGCUGGUGGCAGUGGCUGGUGGCAGUGGCUGGUGGCGGUGGGCCAACCGGCCGAUGGCGGCUGCGUGGGCGAGUGGCGGUGGCUGUCAGCGAGAGCAGAGAUGGCAGUGGCUGGUGGCUGGUGGCGGUGGCUGGUGGCCGAUGGCGGACUGGCGGUGGCUGAUGGCAGUGGCUGGUGGCUGGUGGCGGUGGCUGGUGGCAGUGGCUGGUGGCAGUGGCUGGUGGCGGUGGGCCAACCGGCCGAUGGCGGCUGCGUGGGCGAGUGGCGGUGGCUGUCAGCGAGAGCAGAGAUGGCAGUGGCUGGUGGCUGGUGGCGGUGGCUGGUGGCCGAUGGCGGACUGGCGGUGGCUGAUGGCAGUGGCUGGUGGCUGGUGGCGGUGGCUGGUGGCAGUGGCUGGUGGCAGUGGCUGGUGGCGGUGGGCCAACCGGCCGAUGGCGGCUGCGUGGGCGAGUGGCGGUGGCUGUCAGCGAGAGCAGAGAUGGCAGUGGCUGGUGGCUGGUGGCGGUGGCUGGUGGCCGAUGGCGGACUGGCGGUGGCUGAUGGCAGUGGCUGGUGGCUGGUGGCGGUGGCUGGUGGCAGUGGCUGGUGGCAGUGGCUGGUGGCGGUGGGCCAACCGGCCGAUGGCGGCUGCGUGGGCGAGUGGCGGUGGCUGUCAGCGAGAGCAGAGAUGGCAGUGGCUGGUGGCUGGUGGCGGUGGCUGGUGGCCGAUGGCGGACUGGCGGUGGCUGAUGGCAGUGGCUGGUGGCUGGUGGCGGUGGCUGGUGGCAGUGGCUGGUGGCGGUGGCUGGUGGCGGUGGCUGGUGGCGGCUGA